AUGACAGAUACAAAGAAGACUGUGCUUAUUAUAGGCGGCGGCGCAGUAGGGACCAUCGCAGCCGUCAACCUUGAAGUUGGUGGUUUAGCCGCCGUUACUGUUGUACUGAGGUCCAACUACGCCGUCGUCAACGAGCGAGGUUAUACAAUCGAGAGCUGCGACCAUGGAAAUCUAAAUGGUUGGAGACCUAGUGUUGUGCGCAACACCAUACCCAACUUAGUAGAAGAGAGUAUCGAACCCUACGACUACGUAGUGCUCUGUACAAAGAAUAUACCAGAUGUCUCACCCACUGCGGUUGAGCUCAUUGCGCCAGCAUUACCAAAGAAUAGUAAUCGCACCACCCUCUUGCUUCUACAAAACGGGCUCAACAUCGAAAGACCUUUUUUACGCCCUUUCCCCAAUACACCAAUCAUAUCCGGUGUCUCCAUGAUCGGCAGUGCAGAGCCAUCGCCAGGUCACAUUGUCCACGAUGAAGGCGACAGACUCCUCAUUGGUGCCUUCCCAACGUCGCACAUCAACCCUGCUUUUCCCGAGCGUCGAGCCGAGGAGUUCGUCGCGUUGUAUUCUGCGGCCGGAAAGACGGACUGCGCAUACUCCCCCAACGUCCUGCAUGAUCGGUGGAAGAAGCUGGUCUUCAAUGCCUGCCUGAAUCCCAUCUGCGCCAUCACAGGCCUCGACGAUGGACGCAUACGCCUCGCUGACGGCGCAUUGGAUGGUCUGGUAAGACCAGCCAUGCGCGAGAUUGUCGCAGCUGCAAAGGCAGUCUGUGGUGUCGAGUUGCCCGACGGAGUAGUAGAGGCCACGAUCAACGCGGACCCAUUGGAAAAGUACCUGAAGCCAAGUAUGCAGCAAGACUUGGAAAAGGUAGGAUGGACGCUAGAUUAUCAAAAGUUUCACCGCGCUGAUGUACCACAGGGGAACUUGAUCGAGUUUGAGAAUCUUCUUGGUGAGCCGUUGAGAGCAGGUAAGGAGCGUGGAGUCCCGAUGCCGAUGCUCGAGGCGUUGUAUCAACUUGCGAAAGCGAUACAGUGGCGGAUCAAGGAAACCAAGGGGCUGGUGCAGAUUCCACAAGCGUAA